UACACUCAUGUUCCCCGAGCUCCAGAAAAAACACCUCCAACUCCUUCAAUGUUAAAACCCCACAAUUAAAACAGGUUGAGGGGGGAGAGAGAGGAGAGAGAAAGAAAGAAAGGGGGGGGAAAGCGGACAAAAGACGCAAUUUUUACGCACCAAUCGUGUAGAAAAAGCAAUAACGGAAUACAAGGGGGACAGACCGAUUCAGUCAAUACUUCAAUACUGUUAUGAAGCGAGAAUGAGUAGCGCAGAAGACAGCGGGAGCAAGUGCUCGUCGGGCCCGAUUUCCAGCUUUACCAUCCAGUCGAUUUUAGGCACGCCGUCCGAUGAGCCACGCUCCGGGAACAAGGAGCUCUCCAAGGGGCCGCUGCCGCCAACGCCGCGGAGGCGCUCGCUGUCGGUGUCCUCCGAGGAGGAGUGCAGCGGCGGGGAGGACUCAGCUGACUGCUUCUGCUCCGAUACGGGUCACAGCGAGCCGUGCACCCAGCACCAACCGCACAACUUUUGUUUAGGUCCCGCUAAAGGACUCUUGUCUGGGAGCGACGGGCUGGCACGGCGGCCGCACUUGUCCCAGCCUCUGCUGCAGGAUUAUAAGGAGGAGCAGGAGAGACCGUGCCAUCAGAUGUCACCUCUGUCGGAGGAGAGACAGACGGACGGUGCGGACAAGCAGAGCAACUCGGCCAAGAAGAAGACGCGCACGGUUUUCUCCCGGAGUCAGGUGUACCAGCUGGAGUCCACCUUCGACAUGAAGCGCUACCUGAGCAGCUCGGAGCGGGCCUGCUUAGCCUCCAGCCUGCAGCUGACGGAGACUCAGGUGAAGACGUGGUUUCAGAACAGGAGGAACAAAUGGAAACGGCAGCUUUCCGCUGAACUGGAGGCGGCCAACAUGGCCCACGCCUCCGCACAGACACUAGUGGGGAUGCCGCUGGUUUUCAGAGAUAACUCCUUACUGCGCGUCCCGGUUCCCCGGUCUAUCGCCUUCCCAACGCCCCUCUAUUACCCGGGGAGCAACCUGCCAGCGUUACCUUUAUACAACCUGUAUAACAAAAUUGAGUAUUGAUUGACUCUGCUGUAUGUUCACCACUGCAGUCCACGUAAAAAGAAAAAAAAAAACGCAUUACAAAACAAUACCACAUUCUUAUAAGUGUCUCCACAUAACCCCUGUAUAUUAACUGUAUCACUUUAUUUGUUGAGAAAAUUCUUAUUAUGCAGCAACUGUAUGUGUCACAAGAAAGCAAUCAAGCUAUAUGUAUAAAAUACACCAUGUGUAUAAUUAAUUAUAACAAUUUUGUACUUUUAUUUUAUUUUCCUUUGAUUGAUAAAAUAUUGGAGCUGAACCUUCAUAUCACAUUUGAGGAAACAACUGAUCCCAAAAAGACUUUUACACCCUUUGUAUUCACAGCCUAAUUGGUUUGUUAAACAUAUUACAAAGCAUCAGUCAUUUUAUUUCAGCUGACAUGAAUCCAACACUGACAGGAAAAACACAAUUCUUCCAUUUAAGGAAAAAUAUCAUUGUUUCUAUUGUAAUUUAGACCUUCAAUAAUAACCUUCUCAUUCAAUAAAUUUUCUAUUUCAGUGAAAAUUGGGCUCGCUUGGUUUUAUUUUAUUCCCCCUUUUUUGCAUUUGCAAGCUAACUACCAGUAUAGUUCAUUUUUCAAGGAAAUGUAAAUAAGGCUCAUGUUAGAUUCUUGAAGGACACACAAACAAUAGUGUUAUAAUUUUAUCACAAGGCACUCUAGUGCACUAAUCCAGUGUGAACAUCAUUAUGUGACACAAAUGACUUUGUGUGAAUUUUUGCUGCAGAGCUGCCGUAAUUCUCUUGAACUGUUUUAUUUAAGACAUUUUAAGCUAAAAACAAUUAAACUAUGAGCCAGGCAGCGUAGUGUAAUUGUAUUUCUGCAUACUUUCGGCUCACAUAUUUUACAAUUUAGAUCCCGUUAUUAAUUAAAUAUUUGGUUUUACGCUUUUUGACAGGUGCAUUUUAAUACCAACUUAAAUCUGUGGAAGGAAAAUGCAUUUUACAAGGAUGCAGUGUGGAAUGUAGUGUAGUAAUUCCUUUGCAAGGCUUAUAUUUUGUACCUACUUUGAUUCCUACUCACGCCAGCCUCCAAAUUAAAAAAAAACUAAAUCAAGCACUGUCUAAAACUACACAUAUUUUCUUGGUAAUUUCGCUUUUAGAAACACAGCUAGUGACCACAGUAGUCUGCUGUAAAUGAAGAGGUGGACGACCACAUGCAAGCUGCCUUGGAAGAAGCAGAUAAAGCACAUUUCAGGCUGGAAAAAGAGAUGCACACUAUCACUAGCCAAUCAUGCCUCUGGGCGGGAUCUUCUCUCAUUUGAAGUCUGCCUCCGAUGGCUCUCAAGCAUCAGGGCCUUGUA